UCCUGCCUGACGCUUGCGAGUGGCACAGCUGCUAUCUAUAGUCCCACUCUAUUUUCGGACCAUGCAGACGGGACGCAAUGGAACACGCACAAAACUUUAUUUACCGUGCAGCUCUGGGGAAAAAAUGGCUAAUCUGCACUCGAGUCACAUGCUGACUAAUCACUCGAGGGCCUGUUUGGGGAAGAAAAGAGAUCCAGGAGAUCAUGGAAGAGCCUGAAAGCCUGGAAAUCAACCAGGAUAUUCACGGCGAGAAUGCAACCCUUGAUCCGGGGGACGGAGAGUGCCAGGCAGGCCGGGUGAGAGUGAGGGUGGAGGAGAGCUGGUUCACAGUAGAGCGAGCUUUCCUUGCAAAGUACAUCGACUAUUUCCGUGCUCUCUUUCAGUCUGGGAUGAAAGAAAGUCAGCAGGACGAGCUCUACCUGAGAGGAGGACUGCAUGCAAGGGGUUUCCUCAUUGCACUCGCUGUCUGCCGGGGAGAGAGUCCCACCAUCAGUGACCCGGAUGAGCUCGAAGAAGCUGUUGAAUGUGCCGCUUUUCUGCAGGUUGCAUGUUUGGUGCGGCAUCUUUGUGACAUUAUAGACUCAGACAACUGCCUCCUGCUUUACCACGCAGCCGCCAUCUUUGGGGUGCAUUCGCUGUUUCACAAAGCCGCUCUCUUUCUCUGUGAUGCUUUUGAGGACCUCAAGGAAGCAGCAGAAACUACAAUCCCUGAGGAGCUGCUGCAGUAUUCUCAAACACUGUGUCCUUCCACUUACAUCGCUCUAGGUACACAUUCUCCUUCAUUGGAGCUGCUGCAUGACUCCUUUAGGGUUGUUUGCUACCUUGACGAAAAAGCCGGAGAGUGGAAGCAUCUGACAAACCUCCCGACUCUUUGUAGCACCUCCAUGGCUGGUGUAGCAGUGCUCGACAAUCGCUUGUAUAUUGUGGGGGGAGUUUACGGUUAUGGUAAAGACACAGUGGACAGUAGUUUCUGUUAUGACCCCGAAUCAGGGGUUUGGACUGCUCUUCCAGGUCCCCAGCAACCCAGAUAUGACUUCACCUUGCUCGGGCAUGAAGGCCGACUCUACGCCAUUGGUGGAGAGUUCCAAAAGAGAAUAAUUUCCGCAGCGGAAAGCUAUGACACUUCAAAGGGAGCGUGGACUUUCAUACAACAUGCACCGAGACCUGUAGCAUCUGCAGCUUGUGCUGUUGCACGGCGGCGGAUGUUUGUUUGCUUCUGGAAACCACCAGACACCACAGACAUCUACGAGUACAUACCAGUGAAAGAUGAGUGGAAACUUGCCACUACAAUGAUCCGACCUCAGAGCUACGGCCACUGUAUGGUAGCCCACAGGGACAAUUUGUAUGUGAUGCGCAAUGGGCCUUGUGACGACUUCCUGCGCUGCCUAAUGGACUGCUACAACAUCACAACAGGACAGUGGACGGCCAUGCCCGGGCACUACAUCAACAGCAAGGGAGCGCUGUUCACUGCAAUGAUAAGGGGGGACUCUGCGUUCACAGUGAAACACAUGUUAACUCUUGAAUAUGCCAUCACUGGAGACGCAUGGAAGCCCCGCAGGCAGAUGAAGGGAUUUCCAAAGAGCGGUUCGCUGUGGACGUGUUUACUCAGGCUUCCCAAGACGGGACCAGUUAUACCACAACUGGAUGAAGAAGGAAAGGAAGAAUAAAUGUCUUUGCCAGACACAUCUGACGGAUUUGUGGAAGCUGUAUUGCACCUGUGAAAUUAGUGCACAGCUGAAAAACAAUGUGAUGUUUUUUGUUUUUAACCCUCUGAACCCCCAAAACCUGCCGGCGGGUUUAAAAUUCACUGAAUCUUUUUUGAAAAAUCACCAAAAUAACCCCAUUUGUUAGAGCUAGGAUGUGUAGAAACUGAAAAAAAUGUCAGAUUUUCAGCUUUCUGACAGUGCUUAAACUAAUCAUGUGUGAUGUGGUGCUUGGUUGGCAUCAUGAGACUUCAUCAAAAUCAGUUUACUGUAAAUGUAAAAUGAUUUGCUCUAACUAGAUUUUUUAAAAACAAAAACUUCCGCACUUUUUUUUUUUUUUUUUGCAAAACUGAGAAGCUAUGACUGACUCAUUUGUGACCAACAGUCAUGGGACAACAAUUCAGGGACUUUUAAGGUAAACCAUGGCUUUGUGACCAGAGAGGAGACCAGCAUGGAAAUAUAUCAUGAAUUGAAGUAGUAAAUUGCCUGCAGUAUGUACAGGCUCUAUUCUUCCUGGUAUCACUAACACUUAUGGAAACUUGGAAAGAUAUUGCACAUCUUCACUCCAGUUUUUUUAAAUGAUUGUAAAAUCAAUAAUCAAAGACAUUCAACUUGUGAUUUGUCUUUUGUGUGAUUGAUGGUAUUAUAACUGUUUCACUUGAUGCACUCUAACAGUUAAAUGCAAAAGUCAUUUUUGAGUUCUUCCUAUAUCUAGUUGUUGUUGUGCUGUUUAUACAGAGUUGCAGAUAUUUGUAUUGCAGUGAAAAAUGAACCCACAGUGAGUAAAAAUGCUUGGGGUUCUGAGGGUUAAACUAGAAUAGAAAUGUUUGAAUAAAAAAAUUCCAAAAAAACACUGAUGCUGAAAAAAAACCUGGAGUGUACAUACUAAGAAAAACACUCAUUUCAUUCCAGUGCAUUUACUUUCACACUCACCCUUAAACACACAUGCUGACACUAAGCAUUUGCUCUGAUUAGCAACAGCUGCUACUGUAGUUUAUAUUAGAGGAGGCCACUGUGUAUGUGUGUGUGUGUCCAAGUGUGAGUGAAGUUCAAAGGCCCUGACGGGAUGUUCGAAACCUCUCAUUCUCUGAGUUUUUCCUGAAGUCACACUGGGCAAAUUCAGGAGCCACCAGUCAACAUAAAACACACCACAGCUCUGUGUCUCGCAGUCUUGAGCAGACCUGAGCUGUUAAAUACCUGUUUCUGUGGGAAAAUACAUUUCAUGUAGCUUCGGGGUUGCUACUCUGAGGGUUGUGGGAUAUUUUUUUCUGGUUUGCACGGCUGCAGACUGUUUCAGUGUAUUCAAAACCAAUGGAAUUCUAUUUCAAUAUGCGACAUCAACCAGUAGAAGUUUAUUUUCAACACUGAAAAACCCAAAAUACCGUCAAUUGCAUUUAAAGCUACAGUAGGAUAUCAUGAUUUCCACUGAACCUUCCCGUGCACUUUAUUGAAUUCAGCGGUCCUGCUGGGGUCAAUUAUGCCAUUACCAUUCCCACCACAGUGGAAGGGGCUCAGAAAGCUGGAGUGCUAAGCCAAAUCAUUGUUCAUUUUAAUCCGCUCUGAUGGAAAGGAGCUGGGAAUCACUUACUGUUCUCGGAGGCGGCAGGUCAGGAAGGCUCUUCUGUGGGACGGGGACAUAUUUAGCUCCUUUUCCAUUCACGAGGGCGUCCGAUCUGUCAUCUAAAAGUAAAGAUUAUGAGGUCAAUGUGAUACAAGAAUCCUUACUCUCACAUGUAUAUUGAAUAUUAUCAAAUAAACACAAAAGAAUUAGAAAUAAAUGAAAGAACUGGCUCAUCAUGCGAGUUUAGGUUGAGCCUAUUUUUAUCAAGCACGAUUCCCAGAUGUCCAGCUGUCUCCUAGUCAUACUAACGCUUCCCCAACCGUCACUGUGAGCACAGAACCUUCAUUGUUAAAUUACAGUGACCACAUAACCCAAAUCACGGGGAAGCAUUUGUAGGGUAGCAAUGACCAUGUUAUGCCAAACACACAAGACCACAAAGCAACAUUCAGGGAAAUUAGGAAAGACUUUGCAUCAGAGGUGAAAGAAUGAUAGUUUUCACUGGCCUUAACAGCGGCUAAUGUUUAUGUCAAGCACUGAACCAAAAGAAGCAGAUUUUGAGUGUUGGUUUAUGAGUCUCUCCUAAUAAUAUUGUCUGCAGUUGGGUACUAUUUGGACUUCAAUUCUUUUCUUGGAUGAUAGUGGUCUUGCUAAUCUGUAAAUAGCCUGGAAUUUUAUUUUUUAUUUUCACUGGAGGAAGGAAUUUAAAAGAAGCAGUUUUGAUGUAUGCAGGUGUGACAUUUCGACAGUCCAAAACAAGCCACUGACAUCCAUAUGCUAUUUUUUUUAUUAUUUACAUGAGAUUCAUAAGGAGGGUUAGCCAAGAAUGUACCUACUUUUUCAGUAAUGUGUGAAACUGUAAGAGUAAAACUCACAGCUUACAUUUAAAAUGCAGUUAAAGUAAGAGUGACAUCAAAAAUUUGAUUCUGAAAUUAAUCUGAUGCACGAGUUACACCUUUGUACUGAUCAAAAUCACUUUAUUUCACUUUAAGAUUUUACAUUUAGUCUUAUAAUAACAAAGCUGUCAUCAAUUUGUUCACUGAAGCAUACUUCUUGUGCAAAUAUGUUAUUGAUAUUUAAAUUGUGUAUAUCAUACAAGAAAAUAACAUUCUUCUUACCUCGGUUUCUCCUACUGCUUAUGUGGAUUAACAGAAAGUUUUUCAGUUUUCUCACUUUUUUGAUGUGUCUCUGCCUCAAACAGGAACUGAACAGAUCAUCCUUAACAAUCAGAUAGCAAAAGAUUAAAAAAAAAAAAAGAAAACACCUGCACCUGUUGAAUUCAUGACUGUGUUCUUAAAGACAUAAAGCAUCAUUUCCACUUUUGCUGUAGGUCGGUGUCUUUUUGGAACAUUACCAAGGAUGUAGAACAGCUGAACUGCACCAUCAGUAUUCCCACAGGCUGAGCAUGUAACGGGACUCAGAUAACCUUAAUGGCUUUGUGAACAGUGUUUUUCUGUGACAUUAAACUCUAACAUGUUGA